AUGGGAGAUGACCGUAAGGCCAGGUGGCUUCUAGAAGCAAGACCAGAAAGAAGGCGACCUCAAGGCAGGCCAAGGUCUAUGAAUGCAGACUUGAUUGAGAGAAUUGGCACAGUGAGAGGAAGCACCAUGCCGGAGAUGAGAAGGCUUGCACAGGUCAGGGACCUUCCUAAAAAUGGUGGAAUUGGCAAAAAAGGAGUGUUGAAAUGA